AUGCAGUUCAGUGCCUUCCUCCUUACUGCCGUACUUUCGGGCGCGGCUGUUGCCAAGUACAACGUCAAGCUGUACGAGCACCGAUGGUGUCUGGUCACAGUCGGAAAGGAGUGCAAAAACAUUGACAAGGGAGACUGCUGCCAUGACAACGGGAAAAAGUACAAGUCAGGCAAGUUCGAGGAAGUCGGCUCCAGUGAAACUACCGACAACCUCAAGCUGUACGCCGACGAGGACUGUGGGGGCCUGGACAUUGCGCAGAAGGCCGGAGGCAAAUGCGCCACCGCCGACGACAAGGACGUCAAGGGUGCCAAGGUCUUCAUUGUUGUUCCUGGCGGUAAGCGUGAUGAGAUUGAGCAGUCGACUCGCCCUGCUAAGCGCGUCGUCCCCGACAACGUGUUUAUGGAGGAUGGCAGGUUCCGCUACGUCCUUGCCCGUAACACCACUGAAGGCGAAGCCUAUGAGAGGUUGAGGAGUCUCGAUGAGCAGAUCGCACACUUGAGGGCAUUCGGAACACGAGAGGCAUAUGAGUACAACGAGGACUAA